GCAACACCAAAACAUUUUUAGUUGUUUUGGAGUGAAGGGACUUUUUGUUUCCAGAGAUGGAUUCGAUUGGCAUAAACUUGACCCUCGUAUUGGCUCUGCUAUGCACUAGUUUUCCCUACAAUUCAUGGGCUACUAAUUUGGGAUCUGAAACUGAGUCACUAAGGGAGGUUCUGGAAUCGGCGAGGCAACCUGAGUUCUUGGAUUGGUUGAGAAAGAUAAGAAGGAGAAUCCAUGAGAACCCUGAACUGUCUUUUCAAGAAUACGAAACGAGCCAACUCAUCAGAAAUGAGCUGGACUCGCUUGGGAUCAACUACUUGUGGCCAGUGGCUAAAACAGGUUUGGUGGGGACUAUUGGGUCUGGUGCUCAACCUUGGUUUGGUUUGAGAGCUGACAUGGAUGCUCUCCCUAUUCAGGAACUGGUAGAUUGGGAGUGCAAAAGCAAGAUCAAUGGCAAAAUGCAUGCCUGUGGCCAUGAUGCUCAUGUUACCAUGCUACUUGGAGCAGCUAAAUUGAUUCAGAACAGAAGGGACAAGUUGAAGGGCACAAUUAAGCUUGUCUUCCAACCUGCAGAAGAAGGAUAUGGGGGUGCCUCCUAUAUGUUAGAAGAAGGAGCAUUAGAUGGGUUUCAAGCAAUGUUUGGCUUGCAUGUCUGGCCAUUUAUGCCCGUAGGCACUAUUGGUUCAAGACCUGGGCCUAUUAUGGCUGGCUCUAGCAGGUUUACUGCAAUAAUGCAAGGGAAAGGCGGCCAUGCAGCAAUACCGCAUAAAACAAGGGACCCAAUUUUGGCUGUAUCUAUGACAGUUCUUGCACUCCAGCAACUUGUUUCUCGAGAAACUGAUCCUUUAGAGCCUAGGGUGCUCUCUGUUGCAUUUGUAGAUGGUGGUCAAGCCGGUAAUGUAAUCCCUGCAAGUGUAAGGUUUGGUGGAACCUUCCGGUUCAUGACAUUAGAAGGAUAUUCCUAUCUUAAGCAGAGGAUCAAAGAGAUCAUCGAGACUCAAGCAGGCGUACAUCAAUGUUCUGCCACUGUUGAUUUCAUGGAGGAAAUGAGGCCAUAUCCACCAACUAUAAAUGAUCCCACGAUGUAUGAUCAUAGUAAAAGAGUUGGAGAAAUCUUGCUUGGUGAUAGGAACGUGCAGCAUUCUCCAGCUUUGAUGGCUGCAGAGGACUUUGGGUUCUAUUCCCAGAGGAUGGCAACUGCAUUUUUUUUCAUUGGGACACAAAAUAAAACAACCAAAUCUGCUACUAAAGGUUUGCACUCCCCGUACUUCACCAUUGAUGAAGACGUUCUUCCAAUAGGAGCAGCCCUCCAUGCUGCUGUUGCCAUAUCUUACUUGGAUAAACAUUUUAAGUCAGCGUAACACAAUAGACAUUUGGUGAUUAUUACUGUUUGGCAAUUAAACAAUCAUCUGCUCAUAAACAAAAUGUUGAUAUUUGACUUAUUUAUUAGCAGAAAAAAUUGUAUGCUUGGUAUCUUUUUCUCCACCAAAUGAUGCGUUAUUUAGGAUAAUUCGCGGAUGUGCGAUAGUUUUAGAUGGUGGGAUUAACUGCUAGCAACUGAGUCUGUCAUAUUCUCUGGUUUUCCUCCUUUUUUCCCUUUUAAGGUCUCUAGUUUGGCUUUGUAAGACUAACAUUCCUUUUGGUUUAUGAUAAUAUGUUUACCUCCCUUGUAUUAA